AUGGCGGGGAGGAGGAGGCCGAGUCUGACGCCGGCGCUGGGCGUCGCGCGGGUGCUGACGCCAGUUGUCGGUGUAGUGGCGCUGGGCGGGGGAGGCGGUGACGCGGGCGGAGCCGGGUCCCCGCAUGGGGCGGCGCCGAGCCGCCCGCAUGGGAAAGACAGCGUCGCGCUGCGACCCCGGGCCCUGAGGCACACGGCGGACCUGGCCGGGGCCGGGAGGCCGGCCAAGAGGAAGCGCGGCGGCGGGCACGGGAGGCCAACCCUGGUCCCGGUCAUGGCAGGGGCGGCGGCGGAAGCCGCGACCGCCGAAGGGACCGCGUUCCGCAGGAGCCGGUCCGACCUUGCCGACCAGGCCGAGGUGGAGGGACGGGCCGACUCGGACCUUGGCCUGGAUCCGAACGACGCCGAAGCCUUGGCCUGGCGGGACAGGAACCGGGCCGAGGCGGAGCUGGAGGCGGCGUCGGUCCGUGCUUGGACCGACGCGACGGCGGCAUGGGCGCGACCCGGCGCGGAGCCGGCCUGGCGCGAGAUGCCGGAGGGCACGAUGGUGGCGGCAACGGUCUCUGAGCCGUCAUCGGUGAGGGAGCACGGCCAUGGAGGCCGGGCUGAGGUGGAGAAUGACACCCCACCGCGGGCCGACGUGGUCGAGCGAGCGGGGACUGAUGGUGGUGGAGGCGGCGUCAGUUUGGAAGAGACGCUGCGGGCGGCGGUGUCGGAGGCGCCGCCGGUUUUGGAGGAGGCACCGUGGGCGGCGGUGCCGGAGGCCAUCCCAGCAGCUGGGCCGGAGACGGUGACGCAGGGCGUCCCGGCGUCCGGGGCGUCAUGA